AUGCCGCCCACACCACCCUCCACAAACUCUUCGAGCGCAGGCCAUUCGCCGCCAGAUCCACAAUUUCGGGUCGUACGAAAGAGGAACCGAGUCCCGUUGUCAUGCGGGGCCUGUAGACAUAGGAAGUUGAAAUGCAACCGUGGCCAUCCCUGCGACAACUGCACCAAGCGCGGAGAUACGGCAUCAUGUACGUAUGCUGCUCCAAGCAACCGCAAGAAGAGCUCCUCGAGCACUGGCUCUGCGACGACCCCUGAUGACAUGCAAAACCGCAUUGACCGUCUAGAAGGACUUGUCCUCUCUUUGAUGACCAAUGGCGCACAAAGCGCUGGCCCGGCUGCCGCUCAUGCUGCCAUCGCUGGUAGCCUCAACGGCGGAGCCUCGGAUCCGCAAUUCAAUGUUAGUCAAUAUAGCACUGCAAUGAGCACUGGCGCGUCCGAGUCGAUUCCUGAGGAAGAUGCGGAAGAAGAAAGCGAAAUGGAGAACGUCACAAAAUCGAUUGGUGUCAUGAAGGUACACAACAACCACACCGUCUUUGCUUCAGAGGCACAUUGGUAUGCCAUCUUGGGGGAGCUAUCCGAAGUCAAAAAUUACUUUGCAGAGCACAAGAAACAGUACGAAGAUCAGCUCAAGAGGUAUAAAGCAACACAUAUCGGAGACCGGCCUCCAGGAAUAUCUUUCCUCAUGGGCGGACAGAAGCCCUGCUCUAAAGCUGAAGUUUUGUCACGCUUUCCUCCGAAACCGACGGCCGACCUUCUUGUGUCUCGAUUCUUCAAUACCUACGACCCUGGCAUGCAUAUCAUUCACGGACCGUCUUUUCAAAAAGAGUAUGAUCGGCAUUGGUUGCAGCCAGAAGAGACUCCGGUCAUCUGGCUUGGUCUUGUCUUCUCCAUGAUGUGCAUCGCAUUGCAGUCUUACACUCGGGCUGGAGACGAGCCACCAGAGUAUCAUAACAAGUCUUGGGAAAUGUCAAGAGAGUAUGGUGAUCUAACCGCGCAAUGUCUCACUUUGGCCGACAUCACACAGCCCAUUGUUGGUAUGAUGGAGACGUUAAUAUUACAUGUGCACGCUGAGUACGCUCGAAGCAGAGACGCCGAAGUAGGCAUUCUUAUCGGUACUGGCAUAGUCGUGCGGUUAGCUAUGCGCAUGGGACUUCAUCGAGACCCUGGGCCAUACCCUGGUAUUCCAGUAUUCCAAGGCGAAAUGCGAAGACGUGUUUGGGCAGUCGUGCGUUCAAUGGAUUUGCUAUUCUCUGCCCAGGCAGGUCUACCCCCUAUUGUCAGACCGCGAGACACCAAUACGGAGAUCCCGAGAAACCUCUACGACGACGAGCUCCAUGAAGACAUGAAGGUUCUUCCGCAAUCGAGGCCCGAGACGGAAGCGACUCCCACUCUUUUCCUAAUCAACCGAACUCGUCUCAUCUACAAGCUCGGCGAAGCUGUCGAGUGCACGGAUACCUUGACCUGCGCAUCUUAUGAUGAGAUAAUGAGGCUGGAUUCGGAGGCUCGUGAAUUGCAUGAAAACAUCUCACCCCAUCUCAAGAUGCGCGGCAUGGACGAUUCAGCACGAGAUCCCUCAACUUUGAUCAUGCAACGCUUUACAUUAGACCUGCUCUUCCUGAAGAUCAUUUGCGUACUGCAUCGGAAGUACCUGGCUUACGGCAGAGUACAGUCGCGAUUCUGCUAUUCAAGAAAAGCCGUUAUUGAAGCAUCAUUGAUGCUCCUAAAGCACCAAGCAACCCUGCAUAGGGAGUGUCAGGCUGGUGGAAGGUUAAGGAACGUGAAAUGGUUCAUCUCAUCGCUGACAACCGUCGACUUCCUCCUCGCUGCGAUGAUUGUAUCGUCAGAUCUCUACCACACCACGGCACAAUCUACUCCUCGGUCUCCAUCAUCGACCGAUACAAUGUGUUGGAGUUCGGAUCGGGUUGACGAGAUGCUAGACGCAAUCGAAAUAGCAGUCGGCAUCUGGGAUGGCCUCAAGGACAACUCCAUGGAAGCAUACAAAGCGCAUGCGACUCUGAGCGUCAUGUUGGAACAGCUAAAGAAACAUCGAGCGACGAAGCAAGCACCAAACGGAUUCCAGGCAGCUUCGUCAACAUACCCAAUCACACAAAUGGAGGAUGCAAACGUUGCUCCAGAACAUUCAGCAGCAAUGACAUUGGGCUUGCUCAGCACAGGUGGCAUGACACCUAAUGCGAACAUGUUUGAUCAACGAUACCCAGCAGGCAUGGCCAAUCUCCUGAAUGACCCAGUUUCUCAGCCUUCCACAGGCUUGACACCCCAGUACAACCAGCCUAUGGGCGGUCCCACUGGGGCUGAGAACGUACCAAGUCCAUUUUCCAACUUGUUUGGAGCAAACCUCUUCCACAAUUUGGACCUUCCACCAACUGACAAUAUCAACUGGGACGCAUGGGACUCGUACAUUCAAGGCCCCGGCAUUGAAACUACCAACAACUUUUUUCAGAUGGAUCUUGGCAACAUGCCAAUGCAGACGGAGCAGAAUGGAGCGCCGCCAACUGGACAGACACUCAACCAGCAGUCUACUGCAGCAGGUCAGACAAACAUGUUUGCGCAAGACGUCUACAUGGGCGUGAGUAUCACCGAGUAG